AGAGCAUGUUAGGAGAAGGAGGGAGAGGUGGGAAGGUAGAGCAAGGCAGACAGAGAGAUGCAGUGCCACAGUCUCCGCUCAGCUGCAACUCCUCUUUCUCUCGUCUGGGACCACGACGUGUGGUGGAGCAGUGAUGUACAGGUUCAGCGCAGGAGCCGGGACUGCAGAUAGUUCACCUUGAGGUGGAGUCCUACCGGUGCCUCACCAGACAUUUUGGACUACAACUAACACUCACUGAUCAUUCAAUAAAGAGCGGGUGAGAUUUCACAGGACGUGACAACCAGAUCGGGACAAGAGGGUCCUCAGAUUCUGCAACUUUUGGGACUGGAGGCAGGAGGUCUGACUAAAGAGACACACUUGCCUUUCAAAAGCAUUGGAAUUCAAACCUGAUUUUUGUUUGGUCAAAAAGGACUUGUAUUCAAACCUAAAUAGUGAUAUCCAAAAACUCAUCCUGGAAUCCUGCAAAGCGAAGCUGGUGCUGCAGCCCAGAGACCCUGAAGUGAGCCUGACCUUGGACCGGCUGUCCCCCGAGCCCCCCCCGGCACCGGUGCAAGCGCCCAGCAUGUCUCAGACCAGAGGACGAUGCCACAACAAAAAGGCCGGCAUUCGGGCAGCUGUUAUCCUGAUCGGACUCCUGCACAAGUCUCGCAAAGCCAAGGAGAGGGAGAGGGAGAGGGAGAGAGAGAGAGAGGAGAGUGAAGGGAAACAGGAGCUGCUGAACAUCUCCAACGUCCCUCUGGGAGAAUGUCCCCCCUCACCACCCCGCACUGCACCACCCAGCAUGAAGUCUGCAGAGUUCUUCGACAUGCUGGAAAGGAUGCAGGUCCCUAAAGCUGAAGAGACCAAAAAGUGGAAGGAUGACUAUAUCCCCUACCCACGGAUAGAAGAUGUCCUGGAGAAAGGUGGUCCAUAUCCCCAGGUAAUCCUGCCCCAAUUUGGAGGUUAUUGGAUUGAGGAUGCAGAGGCUCCAGCCGGCACCCCCUCCUCUUCAGAGUCCAGUUUCUGUGAGGAGGAAGACGGAGGUGAGGCCAUGAGCCCCAGUGGGGUGCACAGCUACCGCCUGGAGUGCAACAGCACAGCUCGAGCCUACCGCAAACACUUUCUAGGCAAGGAGCACAUGAACUACUACUGCACUGGCAGCAGCAUAGGAAACCUCCUCAUGUCCCUGAAAUACGAAGAGGCUGAGGGACAGGAGUUCCUCCGCAUCAUGCUCAGAUCGAGGAUCAAAACAGUUCAUGACAGAAUCUCUCUGGCCGGCAUCAACCAGCUGCCCAGUGUACCGCAGAUUGCAAAGCUUCUGUGCGAUGAUGCCACCGGGCUCAAGUUCAACCCGGUCCUGUACCCCCGGGGAUCCCAGUUGAUAGUGGCCUACGACGAACACGAGGUGAACAACACCUUCAAGUUUGGCAUCGUCUACCAGAAGGUCGGACAGACGUCAGAGGAAGAGUUAUUUGGAAACAACGAGGAGACUCCUGCUUUCAAGGAGUUUCUCAGUAUCUUGGGAGACAACAUUGAACUUCAGGAUUUUAAAGGGUUCCGCGGUGGGCUGGACGUGUCUCAUGGACAGACUGGAUCUGAAUCCGUCUACACGGUCUUCAGGCAGAGAGAGAUCAUGUUCCACGUCUCCACUAAGCUUCCCUUCACUGAGGGGGAUGUUCAGCAGCUCCAGAGGAAGAGGCAUAUAGGAAACGACAUUGUGGCCGCGGUUUUCCAGGAAGGGCCCACGCCGUUCGUUCCGGACAUGAUCGCCUCCAACUUCCUGCAUUCGUACGUGGUGGUGCAGGUUGAAAACCCCUGCACCGAGCAAGCCACGUACAAGGUGUCUGUUACGGCAAGAGAAGACGUCCCUUCCUUUGGGCCUCCUCUCCCGAACCCAGCAGUCUUCAAGAAGGGUCCUGAGUUUCGAGACUUCCUGCUGACAAAGCUGAUCAAUGCCGAAAACGCUUGCUACAAAUCUGACAAAUUUGCCAAACUGGAGGGACGCACGCGAGCGGCGCUGCUGGACAACCUGCACGACGAGCUGCACAGACAGAGUCAGGCCACGCUGGGCCUGGGCCAGGUGGGGGAGGAGGACAAGCUGGAGAACGGGGGCCACGGAGGCCUGCUGGAGUCAUUCAAGAGAGCCAUGCGAGUCAGGAGCCACUCCAUGGAGACCAUGGUGGGCUCCCACCGUCACCGGAGCCCCGGGGUGGGAGGCGGCGUCCCGGCCAGCCUCAGCGGUGGCGGACUGCCACAGAGCAGCAGUGAAUGCACAAAGAGCACUUUCACUCCUCCGACGCUGUCAGCCAAGUCUCCUCUGAAGAGCCCAGUGAAACGGCGCUCCGGCCUCUUCCCCCGUCUCCACUCCAGCACAGAAUCCCCUUCGGACAAACACACCCGCGGUGACCAAAAGCCAGCAGAGAUCUGCCCCUUUUCACAGGAAGUGAGGUCAGAGACAUCAUCCAACCCAAGCUCCCCUGAGAUCUACCCCAACAAAGAAAGGCCGUUUAUAAAGCUAAAGGAGUCCAGCAGCAGCAGCAGCAGGCCCAACAUCUCUCGUUCCUCGUCCAGCACCAGCAGCUUCAGCAGCACCACGGGAGAGACGGAAGCUCUGGAGGAACUGGAGACGACCGGCCAUCCAUCUAUAGCGUCUUCGUCCGCCUUCAGCCCUUCCCUCAGCGUGGACAGUCAGGGGUCCGGUACACCUGUCAUCAUGUCCCGCAGUCCAACAGAUGUGAAAAGCAAGACAUCACCGAGGUCGAGCUUGAAGUUCCGCUUCGACAAAAUGAGCCACUCGUCCACAAAUUCUGAGUAGCUUCAUGGGAGAGAAAAAGAAAAAAAUACGGAGAUUUGCACAAAGAAGAGGAAGACCGAGGCGGCCGAGGGAGCUGAAAAACAUCAUCACGACCACAAAACCGCAGAGCGACCACAUGUUAUUACAAAUGAAUUAGCUUCCAUCUGCAACAGAGACGCCGCACUAUAAACGUACUGACGAUACUGUGACUACAACACGAGGAACGGCGGCUGACGCGCUCACUUGGCUGUUAAUCUAUGCUUCUAGCAGCUGAAAUGACACAAUACUCGCUGCAUUCGAGUCAUUUUCAUCGUCACCACAUGGAGGUCUGGGCAUAGCUGUAAUAAAUACUGUGAGUGUAGACGCCACCUCAGCUUUUUCUUAAAUGUCUUGUUACUAAAUGAGACACGAGUUUGUGGCAGAACUGUUAGUCUUUAUAUAGAUCACUGUCGGCUGUUCCGUGGAAACAAUUACAGACACCAGGAUGCUCCUUUUAACAUUUACCCUCCAAUGGUACGUCUGGUGAAAGUUCCUCUUUUGGCUAAGAAAAAAACGAAGAAAAAGUAGGCUGAGACACAUGAAACACACACAUCCAUGGAAACGUUAUGUACAGUAGCGAAGCCUCGAUGUUUGGCAACAGUGCAAGUCUUUUGGAAGCUGCGGGAUUUGAAUCUGUUCUCUGCUGCUUGUUUCUGCUUUUCUAGGGAGCGUCCGUGUCUUUUGGAGAUGCUUUUAUAACCUUGAUAGCUGCUGCGCCGACAUGCCUGCUCCUUACUUUUCCUCGUUCCGUAAGGGGGACCUCAAAGCCCCGGUGAAAAUCACUUCACGUAGGAGACACUGCCAACACUUUUCUUUUGCCAAGAGCUUAUUUUAGCUAAAGCUGCGCCUUACAAUCCCUUAAAAAAAACCUUUCCUCCACACACACUCUCCGUCUCUCACAACAUGAGAAGAGAGUCCCCCGGGUCUGGUGGCAGCACAGCUGUGCGAAGCCAACCUGACACCCUCAGCUGCUGAAAAUAGACGCUGCCGUUGAAACAUUUCAGACUCUCGUACCUCUCAUUGAAGCUUUCUGGCUUGGUGUAAACAUCCGCAGAGCUUCUUCUUAGCGCAGAAGUGUCCGCAGAGUUUACCAAAACCUUUAAACUGUCCUCUUGCAAAAACACUUUGAAUGUGAAGUUCCAGCUUUUUCUUUUUGUCGUGUUUUAUGCCUUGAUAGUUAUUACACAAGUUGAAAUGGUAAAGCCAGUUACUCACAAGCACAACAGGACCAGAUUUAUUCUCUAAUUUAGUUUAGUUAGAACUUCAGAUUUGGGAUUAUUGAGACGAACAGUUAAAGAUGCACAGAUGCAGGGCCGCCGCAAGGGGUGUGCGAACCGUGCGACCGCACAGGGCCUCGCGCCCUAAGGGGCCUCGCGCCCCAAGGGGCC